CAAGAAUCGUCAACUAGUCUACGGACCUCGCUGAAACCAUGAAUAUUUCCUCGACCUCGACCUACGAGGAUGAAAACUUCGGUGAGCGAGUCAGUAUGGCCGUGCUCCUCUGUAUAAUAUCCUUCCUGGGCAUCGUCGGUAACACGCUCACCAUCUUCUCCGUGAUCGCCUGCAGGAGGUUGCAGACAUUACCAAACGCCUUUGUCGUCAGCCUGAGCCUCAGCGACUUCCUCAAUUGCUCCAUCAAUAUCCCCGUCCAAGUGACAGCGCUGACGCAGAAAGUUGACGGAACGAUUUUCAAUUUCGUCUGCAUGUCAUCCGCCAUUUUGAAUUAUUUACUGAUCACGUGCAGUGUAUCCAUGCUGGAUUUGAUCGCCAUAAACCGGUAUAUAUUGGUCACCAAAUCGCAUCGGAUUUACACGUUUCUCUACAACAAAAGAAACAUGGUGGUGACGAUUGGUGGAGUCUGGUUCUCCUCCGCUGCAGUUCUAAUAGCUCUAGGACCUACGGGAGUUGUUCUUUAUGGUUACUCGAAUGAGUUGUCAUUGUGCCAACUUAAGGAAGAGAGUCGCGUCAUUGAUGUCAUCUGUGGAUUGCUCUUCUCGGGUUCGUUCAUCAUCGUUUCAUCCUGUUACAUCAAGAUAUACAUUCAUGUAAGAAAACAUUUGCGCCAAGUGGCCCACAUUAGACUCGGCCCAGGCCGGCCGACCCCGAGCACAUCGGCUCAGACAAAUUCAUCUGGGAAUAUCAGUAAUAUCAUACCCGUGGAUACGACUGGGAACCGGCUCGGUGAGACGGCUACUCCGAGACCUUAUGAAAAAGAGGACAGUCCUGUGGAUGAGACGGAGAAUCGGAUAACUAUGAAUAUGAUCAUCAUCGUGGUUUGUUUCUUUCUGUGCAUCUUGCCUACGUUGGUGAUAGUCCUGCUACCUGGUACACAGAAUGCAGGGCUCUUUACGGUGGUCUUCCUCUACUCGGCAUCGUGUUGCAAUCCUAUCAUCUACGCUUGGAAGCAUCCCGUCUUCAGGAAGGUCUUCAAGUGCAUCUUUAAGAGGAGGUGGGCUGAAAUUGAGGAGCCGUCGCCAUGGUUACGGGCUAUGUUACCGAGAUGAUUGGGUCUGGGAUCAAUCUCCCUUGUUAUGACAAACUUCUUAAUAUUCUACUUCAAAAUUGUUAUAGAAUGAAAAAACAUGAUAAAAGAAUGGACAAUAUCUGGGUGUGAUUCGCAAUGUCAGAUGAAACUGAUUAAAAUGUGUCUGAGUACCCCGGAUAUAAAAUAAUAAUCGAAUCGCUGUUAUUUCAUGGCACUUUUUCUUGUUUAUCAACAUUUUCGGAGAUCCGUUGAAAAGCUAAUCUAAAGCUUGCUGUUCAGGAAAUAUUUCAGUAGGAGAUUCAAAUUGGGCAAAGGUGGAACAAUUUCAUUGAUG